GACGCACCACGAAUGUCAAACCCUCAAACCAAGCAAACUUCGCAUUGACUCUACUGACCUCAGGAUUUGUUCUUACAUUGAGGUAACUGCUCUAUAAUGUAGAUAGAGGACGGGUUAAAGAGAUUAUACGCUUCAUUCGGAAACCAUUUCCCCUUUAUGUAGUUUGAUUUUCGGUUUGUUUGUCGCGGUCUCUCGCAGGCAAAUCUAACCGGACAAGAUGCGCCUCACGUUGCAAAUGUUGAUCUCCCACGGCCGGGUGGCCCGGAAGAUGGGUCUAGGUCCUAAGUCCCGACUCGACAUGCUGCGGAACAUUUUGACAGGACUGGUCCGACACGAGAGGAUAGAAACCACGCUGGCCCGAGCAGAUGAAGUCCGCUUCUAUGCCGAAAAGCUGGUUGACUAUGCCAAAAAGGGAGACACUGAUGAGAAGGCGAUGAAAAUGGCUAGCUUUUGGCUGACGGAAAAGGAUCUGGUCCCAAAGCUCUUCAAGGUCCUUGCUCCACGUUUUGAGACUCAGUCAAAUGGCUACACGCGGAUGGUGCGCAUCCCCAACAGACAGAACUUGGACAGAGCUAAGAUGGCUGUCCUGGAGUACAAAGGCAACCCCUUCCCGCCUCUCUAUCCUGUGAAAAAAGAAAAUGAACUCACUCUCGUCAACCAGCUGCUCAAAGGCUACAAAGAGGAGAGGGCACAACAGUUAACUGCAAAAGCUUAAUUAAAACCAUGCCAGUGUUGGAUCAGUGAUAGUGGUCGCAGUUGGGUGCUGAAAUUCUUCUGAAGAGUCAUUUGCAGAUGCUACAGAUUGUGGCUUGUAGAGACUGAUACAUUUCUUCACCAAACAAAAGAACAGUUCCAGCUCCAGAGUCAACUGAAGCCAAGAAAAUUGCUGAAAAAGGACAUUUCUGAGAGAUUGUGUAUUAAUAAAUAUUAUUUCUUAACAGAAGUAACAGAUUUUUGCUUUAUUUCUUUGAACACAGGUUUGCCCUGUUGACCAAGGGAGAUCUGGUUAGUACAACAGCAGCAAUGUUUUUCUGGCACAUAUUGAAUGGGUACUUUAGCGAUUUAGUAUUGCACUUCCAUAAAGUUGGAGGACUUGUGAGACAGAAUUGUUUUUGUUUUGUUUUUUUAAAAGCAGAUGCUGUGACAUCCUGACUUUUAGUCCCUAGUUUGAGUCAGUCUCGAAAAACACUGGAUUCUACAUUUCUCAUAAUGCAACUGGAUCGCAUCUUUCAUUAGAGCUCCCUGCUUCUUAUAUGCCUACUUUGUUCAAACUCCACACCUCCAGUUUGCAAUACAGGUUUCCUAUUAUAAAUGUGUUGUCUUCGAGCACAAGCAGCGAUGACUGAUGGUUUUUCAAAACUUUGGAAAGCUCCCUGCACAAGACACUACACAACUGUUUACACAGGGUGAGUAGUAGUCCUGGUGAUGAGUAAACUGACUAUUGCUAGCUACAGUAGCCAGGAAGCUCAUCGACUGUUAGUGACAAUUUUAGCAAAAAUUUGAAUGAUCUUUUAAUUGGUUAAUCCAUCCAUCAAUUUCUGCCACUUAUUUAAGUCCAGGUCACGUUAACUGAUUAAUUACUAUACUAUUAUCAUACUAUAUUACUAAGAACUAUUGUCAUAUACAGCUGGGGAGUACUGACAAACAUGUGAAAUAAAUGUGUGUAUUUAAUAAUUGUUGGCCUUAUUGUCCCUACUGGUUUUCUGACAUUCUUUGACUGAUAUGACAAUGUAUUAAAUUGCUUUCUACAUUGUACUGAAAAGGUCUUACAAAAAGUCUUAAAUUUAAUUUGGUGAACACUGGAGAAAUCCUUUAUGACAAGGCAAUGUCUGCAGUGAAAAAGGAAUAUUAUGCUGUACUAUAUUGUACAGCAUUUUUUUUAUUUUGUCAUCCUGGUGGACAAACAAUACAACAUCUGAAUGAUACAUCUUUAUGAUACAAAAGCACAAGCAAAGUCUCAGCUAAGUUGAACUGGAACAGAUUAACAAAGACAGUAUUUACAUAUUCUUGUACUAUUGUAUUGGGUUGUAUUCAAUUUAUAGGAUGUAAGACAGAUGAAAGGGAGUUACAUUUUAUCACUUCAUCACAAAAUUAUCCUGAACUGAACAUCACAUUGUUACCAAAUAAUAAAAGAAGUUUGAAGUCUUUCCUUUAAAGAUGUUUAGGCUGAAAGCCAUUUACAAAUUUAGACCCUUACUGGAGAACGAGUACAGACAGGCACAGUUUGUUGUGACUCUGCGCUUCAGCAGUCACAGAGAGGGCUACUCGCAGUGACUAAAAUAAUUAGGCUAGCCUACAUCAGAUCGUGACCAGCGUGAAGUGUGUCCCUGUGGUGUUUUACUUUAAUGGACUCUUGUAAUGAGAACAGAUUCUAAAUAUGAUUUACAGAUAUUAGAUUGACUCUUUUGGACACAUGCCCUUGUCCUAACUAGAACACGGACACAGUAGCCAAAUAAUACACACGCCCAGACAAGGCCUCUAAUAAAACCAUAUUUUUUUUAUUAUUUUGGCAAAAAGUGUAUAUGUACAGCGUAUUCAGAAUUGUCAUUUGACACCAUUAAAAUGCAUUUGAACAGUG